CUGUCACGCGGAGUGGCUCGAAUUUCAAGUCGAAACCGCGGAUAAUCCCAGAACGCGAGAGGGCGGAAGGAAGACCGUGAGAAAAACUCGAUCGUCAGGGGGUCGGCGAAACUUGGCUCUGCUUCGUUCGCGCCGUUAGCUUCUCCUCUUUUCAUCUGAUUUCGGUCAAGUCGAAAUAACUGCGAGCAUUGAGGGGCCAAAUCCGAGACACUUUUUCGGCCCUUCAACCCUCUCCACAUGUUAAACUCUGUCCCAUUUUUCGUCUCCCCGCCCGUACCCCCCAAAUCGACUGUGCACAGGGCGGAGACACACUUGACCCAAAGAACCGAGCGGCGUCUCGACGUCGAGCUGACGCAUUUCCGAGACGUUCUUGAGGCCAUGACUUCCACGCCGGCAUGCAACGGAGGUCAUCGCAAGACCGGCACGUCGACUAGCACGGCCGGCACCUUGGACGACACGACGCAACGGCCGGCACAAAGACGAUGGAACUUGUUGCGCACCCACGUCCGCGUCACCCGACGGUUAUCGCAGGAACUCGCUCACAAGCACGCGCGCCGAUUCUCGUCGGCUCAGCAGUCGCUAGUGGACGCCUGCGUCGGGUGUAGCUCGGCUCCAGCGUCGAAAGACUGUCCGUUGGACACUCUAUUAGCCGUUCGGAACCAUUUUCUAUCGCUUCUGGACGCGGAGCACUGCGUCUUGAGCUUCGAGCUUCUGCCGUCCGGGUCGGUCAUCGAGUUCGACGGACGCGGCAUCCGACAGGUCGUAGAACGCAGUUCCGGCACGACUGCCAGACGCCAAGCACGAGGCACCACACACCAGCCGAGUUUCUUCUCCACAGCUAAAGCGUGUGCACGUGUAGAACGUCCGGAAGACUGUAAACAGCUGCAGUCGUAUCUGUGUAUGCCGCUAGUUGACUGUAGCGACCAGGUCCGCGCUGUUGUCGAGGUAUUUAACACACGACACGCAGCACAGGACAUCACUGCGUGGUUAGGAGACUGCGACUCGGAUUGUUCCUUGGCGUUUCGGUCCUUCAAGUCGACUAGUGAACCGCUACGUGUUUUUUGCGGCUUUGUGGGCGGUUUGUUGCGUGCUGCAGCUCCGAUCGAAGCGUUCGUCGACUAUGUGAGGAACGGCGACACGGUAGACCCCAUGCCGACUAUAUACCGGCACACAGGACAGGCCACGAGCGACUCGGAGGAAGCUCCGGUGCAAUUAUUGGAUUUCUUACAACGCGCUCUUGGCGUCGACGGGUGGAUAGUGUACGCACUCGAUCGAGACGUUAAAACGUUGUGGGCUCGACUAGCGAGUGCAGGAUUUAGGACCAAAGUGUCGACGGUACGAGUGGGUCAAGGCGUGAUUGGACGAGCGGCGUCGACGGCUGAGCCUCUGUUCGAUAGGGACGUACUAUGCGUGCCCAUGUUUGAUCAUAGUAGAGAGCACACAGUCAACAGUGUGGCGGUAUUCUACGGUACGACCACAGGAGCUUUCCGUCAAUGUGACGUGGAGUUAUGCAACGUUAUUUGUCGUCAUGUGGGGAGUUCUCUGCAACGUUUAGCGCUGGAAGAUGCGGCGAAUAAAGCGCAGGAGAAGGCUCAGGCGUUGCUAGAGCUGUCAGAUCUACUCUUCCGUGAGCUGGAGAGAUCUCCUAAGCCUACAACGAUGUUGCUGACAGCUGCACGGGUGCUUGUUCAGAAGUCCUGGCUCAGGAUUGCCGAGUGUAAUGUGUAUCUGAGAGACCCGUUGACGCACGAACUGUACUCGCCUGGCAACGCGACGCAGGGGGAGUACCGUGUUCCGUUGUCGUCCGGUAGUGCCCGUGCCAUGGUAGCUGUACGCACCGGCAACGUCGUCAAUAUACGCGAUAACGAGGCCGGCUCGCUGUCUCACGAGAAAUACGCGAAGCCGGUUCUGGCUGUGCCUGUCAAGGACCCCAUGUCGGGAGCGGUGUUGGCUGUAUUGGAGCUACUGGACAAGCGCUCUAGUACUGAAGGAGACCUGGAACAGGUCGUGUGUCUGGAGAAACUCUACUUUGAUGAGCACGACGAGGAUGUGGCUCGAGGCAUUGCACGUCAAGUCGCGUCUGCGCUACGGAACACUCAACGUCUAGAUGCAGCUCGUACAGCUCAGAGGAAGAGUGCUGCGUUGCUGUCUUUACGUCUUCCUGCAGCGACGGGGACAAUGCCGGGCGAACAAGUUGGUGCGGUGUUCUCCUUCGUGGAGACGGCAGCGCGUCGAGCGCUGCGUGCGUCGCAUGGCGCGCUCUUCUUAGUGGACGCACCGAGUCGCUCGUUGUUUGCACGUGUGGGAGCGGAUUGGAGAGGGUACGCGUUGCCCAUCGGCCAGAAGCUGCAAGGUCGAGUAGCUGCCACGGGAGCGGCCGUGCGUCUGGUCCGUGAGGCUCGUAUCCACCCGGAAUUUGACGGAGACUACGACCGCUUGAUGGGCAUGCAGACGUCAAGUCUGCUGUGUGUGCCUAUCAAGGCCCAGCCAUCCAUGUCGGCGUCGUCUACGUUCGCGUCUUCAGGCGCUUCGACGAGAUCUGGACGACGCUGUAGUAGCAGCUUCAGCACGAGCAGUAGCACGGACGACGACGGCGACGAUCGUCCGGUUAUUGGCGUGUUUUACGCUGUCAACAAGAUGAACUCGAACGGAGAGACCGAGGGAUUCGAUGCAGAGGACGAACAGGUUCUACGUGCCAUCUGUGUGGAGCUGUCAGCGCUAGUGGAGCGUCGUGCGUGGGAGCUGGUGUUCGAGUCUCCGUCUUAUGACGAUAGUGACAGCAGCGACAGUGAAGGCGAGAGUCACGUGACGAGAACGUUCUUGUCUCAGUACACUACUGCAUCUCCCAUGCGUCGUCGUCGUCGUCCGCGUUCUCGUCUCCCGUCCGUCGUGAGUGAUCAUGAUCAUGCGGCGGCUAUUGUGGCUGCUACGUCGUACCAUGAAGGCUGUUUCCUGAGCAGUAGCGGCCUCUCUUCGCUCUCUGGAAGCAUCGGUCUCGUUCCUGGACAAGAAGCGCAAAUUCCCGUGUUGCAGUGGAAUCUGGACCCGUGGCAGUUCUCCCCGGCUCAACUCAUUGAUCUCGCAGUCGAAAUGUUCGCGUUUCACGAACUCAUGGACGGAUUUGCUCUGCCUGAAGCCACGCUACGUCGCUUCCUGCACAGCGUACAGGCGCAGUAUCUGGACGUGCCGUACCACAACACGUACCACGCUUUCGCUACGCUUCACAUGACGUUCCUCAUGUUAUCUGCGCAGAGUAAGAAGCUUGCUGCGUCGUUAAUCCCUGCGUCGACUGCUCUUGGCAUGGGUCCUACCACUAAAGCCCAAGCGAUUGAACGCACAAGGCAGAAACGAUGUGGCGAGUUGAUUCUCGCGCCUCGAGAGCGACUCGCAAUAUUUGUGGCCGCGUUCUGUCACGACAUGGGCCACGACGCCCGGACCAACGAUUUCCACGUGCGAUGCAGCUCGCGUCUGGCGCGUCGGUAUAAUGACCACUCAGUGCUGGAGAAUAUGCACGCUGCGGCGUGUUUCGAGACGAUGAGACGACCUGGACAUGACGUUCUGGCUGGACUGGAAGACGGCUCCAGUGACACGGCUGGAAGUCGUCGCGCUGUCCGGAAGCGCAUCAUUCGAGCGAUUCUGGCGACGGACAUGCAUCGCCACGCCAGUAUCGUGGCCAAGCUGCAUGAAGCUCAAGCUCGUGGCAGUAGAAAUGACGAUGAGACGUUGCGUGAACUGCUCGUGGAUGCUGUGGUGCACUCGGCGGAUAUCUCGGGCCCGACGCAGACGGAAGAGCAGCAUUUCCGCUGGACUACUCGAUUACUGGAAGAGUUCAACGAGCAACACGCAGAGGAGGUGGAGCUAGGGAUUUCAGCCACAUCUUUUAUGGAUGGACGACCGGAAUCCGCUGAGUUUGCACGUGUCAACUUGGCGUUCGUCGACUCGUGCGCGUUCCCGUUGUGGAAGGCGCUGGGUGAAGUGUUGGCUGGAUUAGAAGGAUGUUUGGCCAAUGUGGAGACGAACAGAACCAUGUGGGCGACGCGACUUGAGGAGGCAACAAAACUGGAAGCGGAAAACAAAGUUACACAAGACACCGAGAGUCCGGAGAGGCUACACAUAACGCAGAAGUUGGUCGGGGAAGCUGGAGGUCAAGGAGAGAAAUUCUUGACACCAACAAAAGUCGCAAAGAAAGCUACGAGCUCGAUGAGACCUCCAGAUCUACGUCGACAACGGAGUGAAGACAAGACAGGGAACAAGACGUACACGGUUUAUGCUACAACUAAAAAGCCUGCGAGCCACAAGAAGGCGGACACGUCGUUAAAAAAGACCGAGACGUCCACGAAUAUCCCCCAGCAGAAAGCAAAGAGAAAGCUUGAGCUACGUUAG